UUCGGGCCGCGGUUUCCCGGGGCGCCGCCGGUCCCUUCCUGCGGCCCGGGCCCUGCGCGGCGGCUCCGCCCGCGCCCCGUUGGCGGCAGCGGGGCGGGACCGGCACCGGCACCGGGAGGCUGCGGCUCCAGGGCUCCGGCACCGGGCGGCGGCGGGUGAAGUUCCUACUGGACGCGCUUGGCAAGAUGGAGCCGCCGACCUCCUCCAGGCUGAAUUCCCGCAAGAGAAGAAAAGAUGGAUCCGGCCCCAACGGGGCGACGGAGCUGGAUGGAAUCCCUCCAAAAAUGUCCCGGCGCUCAUUCGGACUGAAGGAACCAGCUCCGUUUUCAGAUGAAGUGGAAAUCGAUUACACUAAGCCAUACAUCAGAGUGACGUAUGAAGAAGCGAUGAGAGGGACCCCUUUGGAUCGCCCUGUCAGAGUUUAUGCCGAUGGAAUAUUUGACUUGUUUCACUCCGGACACGCCCGGGCCUUGAUGCAAGCAAAAAACCUCUUCCCAAACACAUACCUCAUUGUGGGAGUCUGCAGCGAUGAGCUGACCCAUAACUUCAAGGGCUUCACGGUGAUGAAUGAAAACGAGCGGUACGAUGCUGUGCAGCACUGUCGCUAUGUGGACGAAGUGGUGAGAAAUGCACCAUGGACGCUCACCCCUGAAUUCCUGGCAGAGCACAGGAUCGACUUUGUUGCACAUGAUGACAUCCCCUAUUCUUCUGCUGGCAGCGAUGAUGUAUAUAAGCACAUAAAAGAAGCAGGCAUGUUUGCACCAACUCAGAGGACCGAGGGGAUUUCAACAUCAGAUAUCAUCACCCGCAUUGUGCGGGACUACGAUGUUUAUGCCAGACGGAACCUGCAACGGGGCUACACAGCUAAAGAGCUCAACGUCAGUUUCAUAAAUGAAAAGAAAUACCACCUCCAGGAGCGUGUGGAUAAGGUGAAAAAAAGGGUGAAGGAUGUGGAGGAGAAGUCAAAGGAAUUUGUCCAGAAAGUGGAGGAGAAGAGUAUUGAUCUCAUUCAGAAGUGGGAAGAGAAGUCCCGGGAGUUCAUUGGCAAUUUCCUGGAGAUGUUUGGCCCAGAAGGCGCGUUGAAACACAUGCUGAAGGAGGGCAAGGGCCGGAUGCUGCAGGCCAUCAGCCCCAAGCAGAGCCCCAGCAGCAGCCCCACGCACGACCGCUCCCCGUCACCCUCCUUCCGCUGGCCCUUUUCAACUAAGACUCCUCCUUCCUCGCCGGCCAACCGCUCCAGGAACGAGUCUGCAGUCACCUACGACAUCAGUGAGGAUGAAGAGGAUUAAGCUGCCAGCCGGGAUUUGCUGCGACCCACUAAUCGCCGAAUCCUAAGUCCAGACCCACUGGGGAACUCUAACUGAGCAAGAGAGCCAUAGGAACAGGGCUGACGGUGAGCACAGGGCCUCGGAGGCACCCGUUGCUCUUAGUGAGGGCUGCUGCCUGGAAGCACAUUCAAACCUCCUCUCCCUUCUCCCCAAAUUCCCUUUUUAUUGUUUACGUUCUAGUGGUCUCCAGGGGAAAGAUGGUUUUUAUAUUUUAAGAAACUACUCUUUUAAAACACAAAGAAUAGCACUCGAGUGUGGCUCUUGUUCUGGUUUCUUUUCCCCUGUUAAACUCUCCAGGCGAGACAGAGAGUGGUAAGACCCACCUGCCCCUUCUUUCUUUCAGCUCCCCUGUCUUAUCCCUCCCAGCCCCAGGCAGUAUCCGUGCCACUGCCAAAUGAAAGACCCCUCGGUUCCUCAACCAGGGUGACCUCGACAGCACGCAGGGAGCAGUUGCGUAGAGAAACUGCUAGGACACAGGGACAUCUCUGCUGCUCUGGAGCCGAUAGGAACUUACCUGGCAGGCUCGGCAGCGCUGGCAUGCCUCUUGGCCGAGCUUCCCGGCGUGCCGCGGUGAGGAUGUGCUGGGGAGAGGGCUGCCAGCUUAGCGUGCACGAGUCACCCCCUGGAAGAAGUCGCAGCACCGUAGUCGCACGCCCUGCAGGUGUGCAGCAUUUGCAGCUCCAAAUCCGCACAGGCGGCUGCAGGGGAAAGGCCUUUUCCAGCUAAUCUUAACGGGACUGCUAAAUCUCGAGCUAAAAUUGAGCCCUCAGUUGCUGUUGGAGAGAAGAGAAUGAAUCUUUGCUUCAGGGCACUUUGUCUGUGCGUUUCCUCGGGUGUGUGAGCGCCCAGGUAGGAAAUGAAUGUGUGUGCUCCUUUGAGAAGUUCCUUGUCCCAGUCUCUGGUGUGUCCUAAGUGUUUGUCCGUCCACGCGGCCCCUCAGCGCUGUGCUCUGCGCGUCUCCGUGUUUCAGUUGCUGUGCUCUGAGGACUGGCGCAGUCCUUCACACUGGUCAAGUUGCUGCUAUAAGGACAAAACAAGAAUUCACGCAGCCAGUUUGCUGUCUGUCGGUAUGUGCAGCUGGACAGAUGAGGGGCAUGUUUUACUGCCCAGUGAAGGGUGACAGUCCCGUGUUACCUGUCCUGUGCAAUAAAUGCACAAAUCCUGCCCAUUUACUCCGCUCCUCAAGGCAGGCCGGGAAGAACAUCAGAGAGUGCUGCGGCUUUUUAAGAUUUUAAACGUGUGCUCUGCUCAUUUGAAAGGUCCUAGUCCUGCCUGCUGUCGUGUGUGUGUAGUAAGCGUCGAGCUUUGUGGCCCUCAGCUCUUCGGGUGGAAGUUUCCCUCCCCGUGCCAGGUCCCGAGCUGCUCGGCGCGCUGUCCCCGCAGCCAGCUGGCUGUCCCAUGAACCUCCCACUCGCUUUUCCCUUCGGGUUUGUCUCUGGGUGGAGCUGCUGGGCUGAGCCCCCGUGAGCUCCUGCAGUGCUGGCAGCAGGCGAGGAGGGCUCGCAGCCCCGCAGGGAGCUCUGCCACGCGGGAUGGGGGGCUUGGGGAGCAGCAGGGAGGCGAAUCAUCCCAGGCUGCUGCUGCUUGCUGGCUUUUACCUUGCUGUUCCUCUGUCGUGCUGCCCAGAGGGCUUGGCAGAGUCUCGUAGGAGAGAAACCUCUUCGCUCUGGGCUUCUGCUGAGGCCAGAGCCUGUGUGAGAAAGGGUAUUUUGGGGAUUCCUCAUCCGCCACUCGGACCUCUCUCAGCAGGGGUGUGCACAGCUCUGGGAGUGUGGCUGGCUGCUGUUGGCUUUAAGCUGUGAGAGCAAAGAACGGUCCCUUGGUACGAGCCAGCCUUUACUGACCUGGCUUAUUUAUGAUGGUGGAGCACUUAUUUUGUAUCACCCACGGUCUCUCUUCCCUAUCUUCCCCACUUUCCUUCCUUCACCCUUCCCUCACUAGGGGUGUCAAGUCGCUUUCCCCAGGCGGAUCACAAAGGCCAGGCUGCUUCAGAGCCUUGCAGCUGUUUUAAACACAAGUUAUGCAACAGUGUUCUGUAAUUUUGGGUAACAGUGGUGUGUUUUGGAUGGUGGCUUGUUCUGUGGAGACCCUGCGUGUUUCUUGGUGUCUUUGCACAACCCGGGGCACUUAGGAAGAAGCCAGGCAUGGUUUUACGUGUAGCUUGGAAUAACAGAGCUGUUUCUUGUAACCAAUAAUCCCUGCUUCCUCCUUGCACUUAAAUUAAAAAAAAAACACUCAAAUCCCA